GGAGAUCAGACCAGAGACCACCAUUCACUCAGCUCGUUUCUCUCGUCAUCGAUCUAUCAACGUCUCCCUCUCUCUCCCUCAAGUCUUGUCACCUGCGCUGGCCGGAGAGGAAGGGGGCUUCUCUCUUUCUCUGCAUAUCCAGAUCCAGAGUUGAUAUGUUCUAGGGUCGCUGCCGUCGGCAUGAGCGUUGUCUUCUCGAUGCAACCUUACGCGGCCGGACAGCAGUAAAGCGUGUCGCCCAGAUCUGACUGAGGGUUUUAUUACACCAGUGGGCAAUGUGUUUCAGUUCCGGUUUGUGCUAAAUAUUUGUUCACGCUUCAGUGAUUUACUGCAGACAACUUUCUUGCACAACUACCAUAUGCUGCUAUAGAAAGAGCAGAUACAUGGAUCUUGAGUCCCUUGAGCGUAUACUUGAUGGAAGAGAGAAGCCGACAAAUCUAUCAUUCGAGCUUUUGAAGAGUAUCACAGAAAAUUUCUCAGAUGAUCGAGAAAUUGGCCAUGGUGGAUUCGCAACGGUUUAUAAAGGAACGCUCCCGAAUGGGAAUGUCGCGGUAAAGAGGAUAAGGAACAGUCAUUCAAUCAAUGAGGCAUUAUUUUAUCGUGAAGUUGACAGCCUGUUGAACAUUGAACAUAAGAAUGUGGUACGGUUUCUUGGCUUCUGUGCUAGCACAGACCAAGCAGCCAUACAAAUCGAAGGAUCAAAACAACAUAUUUACGCGGAGUUAAGAGAAAGAUUACUCUGUUUUGAGUAUAUCAGCAAUGGAAGCCUGCAAAAAUAUAUUACUGAUGAAUUAAGGGGACUUGAAUGGAAUACACGUUAUAAAAUAAUUAGAGGCAUCUGCGAAGGUUUGCAUCAUCUGCACAAGGAAAAGCAGAUAUAUCAUAUGGAUCUGAAACCCGACAAUAUACUACUAGACAAUGAUAUGGUGCCGAAAAUCACAGAUUUUGGUUUAUCCAGACUUGAUGAGAAGUCAAAAACUAUGAGUGAACAACGUCAUGGAUCACUAGGAUAUUGUGCUCCAGAAUACCUACAUCAGGGAAAGAUGUCAUUCAAAUCAGACAUGUACAGUUUGGGUGUCAUAAUUAUUGAACUAGUGACAGGACAAAAGGCGAUCCCCAGUAAUAAUAACAAUGUACUUAGGAGAUGGAGGCACAGAUGGAAGAAAAAUGAGAAUGGAACAUGUCUGGUUUACCAAGAAGUAGCAAAAUGCCUCGAAAUUGGGUUACUCUGCAAGGAAAUUGACCCAUUCAAACGGCCAUAUAUAUGGGAUAUGAUACAUGUUAUAAGAGAAACUGAAGGUGCUAAUGAAAAAACCAGCAAUGCCUAUGAACAUACAUUUGGACAGAUAAGCCCUUACUCGGAAGAUGACAUGCUUGGAAUUGAGCCACUCCAACUACAUUUUCCUUUUGAGCUUAACAAACAGAUGUCAUGCGCACUUCAGCUAACCAAUGAGACGGGUUCUUACAUUGCCUUCAACAUAAAAAAUACAAGCCCCCUGGCAUACUGCAUACAGCCGCAGAAAAGCAUUAUGCCGCCAAGAUCCAUGUGUAGUGUUGAGAUAACAAUGCAGCUGCAGGGCAAGACACCGGGAUAUAUGCAUCGUGCCAGUGAACUUAUUGUAUGGAGCACCAAAGUGAAUGAUUGCCUUGCAGUUGAGGAUAUAACUACAAACUGGUUCAUUAAUGAGGCGGUCAAUGUGGUUGAUGACGUGAAUUUGGAUGUGGUUUUUGACGUCUGUGAGCCACAAGAAGCAAGUAAAGAAACCAGUGUGCAGACAAUCCAACCUUUAAUAGAGAUUACAGAUGAUGCAGUCGGUGUGUUCUUUUGUAUGGAUGCACAUCAGACAGAGCCAUUGAUUAUAACCGGUGACCGAUUUGGUGAUGUUCAGAUUUGGAACUCUGACACGCAGAAAGUGGUUGCUUCGAUUAAGGUGUCAGACGAAAUAGUGCAUACUGUUAAAUUUAUUGCACGAAAGCAGUGGCUUGUGGCCGUGUCACAUGAUUGUUUCGUCCAUGUGUACAAGUAUCAAAAGGAACUCCAAAAGGUCACAAGUUUCAAAGUUCAGGAUUAUGGCGUUGCGUGGUGUUCAUUAAACGUUCAUCCGACCCAGCCGUAUGUGCUGUCAGGAUGUUCUGAGAAAAUAAAGCUUUGGGACUGGGACCAGAACUGGAAUUGCAUACAGAUAUUUGAAGGACACUGGAAUUCUAUUAAUGAACUAAAAUUUAACCCAGAGGACACCAAUAGUUUUGCAAGUGCUUCAUGGGAUAAUACAAUAAAGGUUUGGAGUGUUGAUUCUCCCAUAUUCAAAUAUACUCUGUCUGGGCAUUCGGACAAUGUGAACUGUCUGGAUUUCUUCAAGCGUGAUGGUCAGCAGUAUUUGAUUAGCGGGUCUGAGGACAUGACAGCCAAGAUAUGGAACUUGCAGAAGAAGGAAUGUGUUUAUACACUCGAACAUGAGCGUGACGUCUAUUCCGUCUUUGCCCAUCCCAGUCUUCCAGUUCUAAUUACAGGUGAUGAUCGUGGUGCUGUUUGUGUGUGGAGCUCCACUGAUUUCAAGCUGAAGACAAAGCUUGAGGUCAGUAGGCUUCGGUUCCGUAUUUUUGGUUUCGCGUGUUUGACGGGGUCAGAAAGGGUUGCAGUUGCACAUUAUGAUGGAGUGUCGCUUAUCAAAAUUGGUGAUGAAGGACAAGCGGUAGUGAAGGACGCAACGAGAAUUCCAUAUCAGCUGUAGAUUAUUAGGAAUCCCAACGCCAAUCCAGAGGACUAUUAAUCCAGAAAUUUGAACUACUGAUUGGAGAAGAACAAGUCAACUAUGUCGCUAUCGGGAAGCAGGUGGCAACAGCUUGUGUGCAGAAGAUGAUGAUUGCACCGAGAUAACUUUUUGUUGCCUGCGAGGAUAUUGCACCUCCGUCUGUGUGUGCGUCAUGCUUGGUGACUGAACUGCAUAUAAAUGUGUAAAUUAACAAUCUGUUUGGCCGGAUAUCCAUUCGAACAAUAAUAAUUGACUGUUAGAUGGCA